CUGGCGCCGCGGUGGGGACAGAGGCCCUGAUGGCGGGUGGGUGGCAUGUGCGUGUUCGCCGAGCCAGCUCUCAGCCUUUUUUUUUUUGCUGCUGUCAUCCGGAGAACCGGGAGUUUUCUCGUUUCCGAUGCGUGGUGGUGCGGAGGGCUUUUGUGUGCGCGUGGGCGAGCCGGGGGACGCUUACUAUGUUUCGGCGAAGGGGAGGCCACACUGCAGCGCGAGCUCUGGGUAGCAGCAGCUGGGGCAAAGCGGUGUGCACAGAUCCGCGGGGAAGAGCUGGUGCUUUUGAGUGUCUGAAACAUUUUUAUCUCUAAGAAUUUAGUUUUGGGUAGACAGUGCGUGCGUGUGAUACAAAGUGAAUUCUUCCCUUCCGCCGGUGCUUCUUCGCAGUCCUCCUCCCCGUCCACUGAUGUCCCAUUGUUUUCUGGCAGCAGCAGUGGUGUCUGUGUGUUGGAGGCUAACCUGUUGGGGUGUUGAGUGCUGACUCCGCUGCUUUCUCUGUGCUGCCCUGACCUGCACGCUUCCUGGAAGUCUCCUUCACGUGCUUGGUGCCGGAGCCCCGCGGAUAGAGUACCGUUCUGGAGUACCAUUCCCGUGCGCGCCGCGCCGGGUGAAGGAGGCUGCCUCUGGGGCUGCUGCAGGUGGUGCUGUGGAGGGCUCCGGAUGGAUAGGAUGACAGAAGAUGCUCUUCGCCUGAACCUGUUGAAGCGGAGCUUGGACCCGGCCGAUGAGCGAGACGAUGUCCUGGCUAAGCGACUCAAAAUGGAGGGGCACGAGGCCAUGGAACGCCUGAAGAUGCUGGCGCUGCUCAAACGGAAGGAUCUGGCGAAUCUCGAUGUGCCACAUGAGUUGCCCACCAAACAGGAUGGCAGUGGUGUCAAGGGCUAUGAAGAGAAACUCAAUGGGAAUCUCAGGCCUCAUGGCGACACCAGGACUGCUGGAAGGCCAGGCAAAGAAAACAUCAGCGAUGAGCCUGUGGAUAUGAGUGCCAGGCGGAGUGAGCCAGACCGUGGGAGGCUGACUCCCUCCCCAGACAUCAUUGUUUUAUCUGAUAAUGAGGCUUCCAGUCCCCGCUCCAGCUCCCGAAUGGAAGAAAGACUCAAAGCAGCCAACCUAGAGAUGUUUAAGGGGAAAGGCAUUGAGGAGCGGCAGCAGCUCAUCAAGCAGCUGAGGGACGAGCUGCGAUUGGAAGAAGCCCGGCUGGUGCUGCUGAAGAAGCUGAGGCAGAGCCAGCUCCAGAAGGAGAACGUAGUCCAGAAGACCCCGGUUGUGCAGAACGCGGCAUCCAUCGUGCAGCCAUCUCCUGCCCAUGGGGGACAGCAGGGCCUGUCCAAGCUUCCCUCCCGGCCUGGGGCCCAAGGGGUGGAACCACAGAGUCUGAGAACAUUACAGGGUCACAGUGUCAUCCGCUCCGCGACCAGUACCACCCUCCCACAUAUGUUGAUGUCCCAACGUGUUAUUGCACCAAACCCAGCCCAGCUACAGGGUCAACGGGGCCCACCUAAGCCUGGCCUUGUACGCACCACAACACCCAACAUGAAUCCUGCCAUCAAUUACCAACCGCAGUCGAGUUCUUCUGUUCCCUGCCAGCGCACAACAUCCUCUGCCAUCUAUAUGAACCUCGCCUCCCACAUGCAGCCGGGGACUGUGAACAGGGUGUCCUCACCCCUGCCGAGCCCCAGUGCCAUGACCGAUGCCGCCAACUCCCAGGCUGCCGCCAAACUGGCUCUUCGCAAACAGCUGGAAAAGACCCUCCUGGAGAUUCCGCCGCCUAAACCUCCUGCUCCCCUGCUUCACUUCCUGCCUAGCGCGGCCAAUAGCGAGUUCAUCUACAUGGUGGGCUUGGAAGAAGUCGUACAGAGUGUCAUCGACAGCCAAGGCAAAAGCUGUGCCUCACUCCUGCGGGUCGAACCCUUUGUUUGCGCCCAGUGCCGCACAGAUUUCACCCCUCACUGGAAGCAAGAGAAGAAUGGUAAGAUUCUGUGUGAGCAGUGUAUGACCUCCAACCAGAAGAAGGCUCUAAAGGCCGAACACACCAACCGGCUGAAAAAUGCUUUUGUUAAAGCCCUACAGCAGGAACAGGAAAUCGAACAGCGACUACAGCAGCAGGCAGCCCUUUCCCCCACUGCGGCUCCGGCCGUGUCCAGUGUCAGUAAACAAGAGACCAUCAUGAGACAUCAUACGCUUCGGCAGGCUCCACAGCCCCAGAGCGGCCUCCAGCGCGGCAUACCCACAUCUGCCCGUUCCAUGCUCUCCAACUUCGCGCAGGCGCCCCAGCUGUCUGUGCCUGGUGGCCUCCUUGGGAUGCCAGGUGUCAACAUUGCAUACUUGAACACCGGCAUCGGAGGACACAAAGCUCCCAGUUUGGCAGACAGACAGCGGGAGUACCUUUUAGACAUGAUCCCUCCCCGGUCUAUAGCGCAGUCCAUCAGCGGGCAGAAAUAACGCCUGUCCACGUGCACUGCCCCAGCCUUGAACCCUUUACCCCUCCUCUCCCAUUGCCCCCAACUUCCGUCGCAUGCAGUGCCUGUACUGGUGCCUACCAUACACGGAAAACAGAAAACAGAAGACAAACCUAGAAAUCAACAGGAAAACGCGCCUGCCCUGCCCGCCACCCCUCUCUCACUGCUGCGAUUCUGCCGCUCUUGUCUUCUCUCCGGUUUUCUUUCACAGUGAGGUGCUCUUCACCUCGGAUGAGGUCAGAGUGAGGUCCUGGAGAGAGAGAAAUCUAAGCCCUCUGACGUGUGUUUCUAAAGUUUUUAUGCUCUAAUUGUUAUCAUUUUUAAUGAUGUUGUGUGUCCUCCCCUUUGUUCAGUGGACGGUUAAACCUUUUUAUUUUCUCAAUAUUUUUCUUUUUCCCUUCUUUUUUUUUUCUUUUUUGUAAACACAGAUGACAUUCAGAUAAAUGACAGGAGCAUUGCAGGGGGUCCCCAAGCAGAUAUGACUGGCAACGUUGGGGGCAGAAGUUUUUAAUGCACUUAACCUGGGGAUGGGGCAAGGUGAUGGCAUCAGAUAGGGAGGACAUCAGCCCUUGGUGUCUCUGGGCUGGACAGUCUGGGAGGUGGUGUUUUGUACUGAAGUUGGGCUCUAAGAAUGAGGGGAAUGAGCCUGGAGGGAGAAGCUUUAAAAUGUAACCACCGCGGAAUUGACCCACAGAGAAACGGGAGAGGGACAUGGGGACAAGUAUAGUGCUGAGCCAAGGAGGACGGAGGCUGGUGUUGGCCUCCUGGAUGCUCUCCUGGUCCCAGUGGAGAUAGAGGUCUAUUCCAGGUCAACUAGCCCAAAAUUAUUUCACCUUACUUUCUUUGUAAAAUCCCCCCCCCCCCCACCUUUUUAAUCCUGAUCUGCUCCUGGUAAACUCAGUCCCCAAGUCCCGUCUAUAAUCCGGGAGGCGUAGCUGUUCCCAGCCUGAGUUAGCCGGUGUCCUGGGAGCUGGGCGGGACAUACUGAGUGAGACAGAGAAGGGAAGAGAGAAGGGCUUUCUCUCCCAGCAGGUGAGACCCCAUCUGUCUGUCCCACCCUCCAGCCAGGAGGAGGGAACAGGGAUGCCUCACCAGCUUGGAGUCCUGCCCUGGUCUGCUGUCCUGAAUGCAGAACCCACUGCUCAGAGCCACACAACUCUGGUCAAAGCCAGCUCUGGGUCUCGGCUGCAAAAGUAGUUGUGGUGUCCCCCUCCCAAACCCAUCUCCAGAAAUCUAUUAAUUUUCCUUUUUUGUUGUUUUCAGCUUUUUCUUGAGCGCUACUAAUGUAGGGAAUGAACUGAAUUGUGCAAUGUUGCUGUUCUGGGGAUAAGAGAGGUUAGCACCCCAUCUGCCCACACCGUGGGGGAAGUAAGAGGGGGACCAGGCUGUCUCUGAGGUAAAGGAAGCCCCUAAAAGGCAGGGGUUUCUGCUCUCCCGUAACACUCACCUGCCUCUCCAGCUCUAGAAGCUGCCAGAGUACAGAAAAGGGAUACACUGAGCAGAGACGUGUGAAGAGGAGUUUAGAAUUUUGCCCUUGAAAGCCACCUGGGAAAGUUCCCCCACUUUUAUUUUAAAAAAUUAAAUAAUGUUUUUAAAGUAAGAAGGCACUUUUAAAAUUAACACACACACAAACUGCACAUCUUGCCCAUAAAGUUUGUGGGUCAGUGGGGAGAAGGAGCUGGAAUCAGGCUCAGUCCCCCCCCCUCCCUAUACCCCAGAGCCACUGUGGGUUACUCUACUGGCCCUACGGGCCUUCCUGGGUUUUUUCUUUCCUCCCUUCCCCCAAAUUCAUUGAGCACUUAAUAAAGGAGCAGAGAUACAGCCUGUGUCUGGGCUCCCCCAGUGGUGAAGUGAUCUGAAGCUAGAUGCUAGUAACAGAUAGUGAUGGGCUGUUUGGAGUAUUUUUCUGGGGCCUGUGGUGCCCCUGACUGUAAGUGGGGGAGAGGGGGGAUUAUGAAACUGGGUCUGGGGUUAUUUUAAAAUUAUAUAUAUAUAUAUACAUAUAUAUAUAAAAAGAUAUAUUCUUACAUCUUUGCCCUCUGUGCUUUGAAAGCACUGGAUAAAUCGUUUGGUUUUGCUUUUCUCUCUUCCACGAAAUUGGAAGCUUUUUUAUUAUUUUCUUUCUUUUUGUUUUUUGUUGUUUUUUUAAAUUUUCCCUGCAAAUCACCUUGCCUUGUGGCAUGUCUGUCUAGCCUCUUCCGCCCCACCCGCCAUGACAAAGUGCCAUUUCUGUCAUGUCUCCCCUCCCCCAGCUCGGAGGUACCAGGUGCCCAAGUUUGUCAGUUGAGAUUAAAAGUAAGGAACAGAGAAUGUGCAAUACCGUCUGGUUGGGGGCCAUCCCUGCCCUGAGCUGAGUCUCCUCCCUGGGAGCCAGGCCACCUGUGAUGGGGUUUGGAAGUAGGAAGUGUAGACGAGGGGGGGAGCUGGGAGCCAUGGGGAACGGCCCAGCCUAGUGCCUGGCGGGGUGCUGAGGCGGUGGGGGGGGGUGGUGGGGGUGGGCUGGGGGUGGGCAGAGCGGGAGCCUUCCCAGUUUCUCCCCUCAGGCUCAGUCACAUAGAGGCUGCUCAAUGACUAGUUUAGCUCCGUGACCCUUUGCUCAAUCGCUGGUGUUUGAUUUCUCACUUCUCCCCAUUUCCAUACCCUUCCCUGGGAUUAGCGAUGGGGGUGAGUUUUCCUUAAUCAUGGUGAAGUACCAGCCUUUCACUUCCUCUUGCUCCCGCCCUGUCUUCCUUACUUCUUGAGUUUUUCAUCACUGAUCACCUUGUGUCCCUCCCAGUCUCUUGUCGCUGUCCAUCCCCAGGCUGAGCCCGUACACACUAACCCUCGUGCCUAAAGAUAGGAAGAAAGGCGACCCCCUGUUCAGAGUGGUCCUCCACCCCAGUGCUCUGAAGCUCAGGGGGAUGGCUAGAGCGAGGGCCCCCGCUGGCUCUGCCUGGCUCCCCCCCCACCCCCUACCCCCCCCCCCCCCCCCCCCCCGCAUCCAGAGGCUCUGAAAGUAGUCGCUUGUGGCCGGUGGCUUCCUCCCUAGACGCCUGAAACGGGUAGAUGAGCGGGGGGGGUGGGGGGGGUGGGGGUGGGGGGGGGUGGGGGGGGUGUAAGGCUGAGGGACAGGGGUCCUCCUCAUUUGUAGAUUUUUUUUUUUUAAUUUUUAUUUGCUAUUUUUGUCAUUUGACCACAGCAUCUGGACUUUCUCCAUCCCUGGAAUAAGUAUUUUUUCCACAUUUUUGGAUGUAUGUAUGGUAGACAAUUUUUUUUAAGACACAAAGAUAAAUGUUUUCCUGCUUUGGUUACCUUUCCUUUCCCCCUUUAAAAGGAAUUAGCUAUAGAACUGCUUUGUAAAGAUGCUUCUUGGUAUUUUACUUUCGUUCCUUUCCCCAACCACUCCUUGCCCCAGACCCCUGCAGAAGGCAUAACCCUUCUCUCCACACCCCACCCACCCAGCCCUAGGCUCCCCUGCCCUCCAACAAGACUUUCAUUAGCUUAUGAUACUUGCUGCCGAGAUGUUAUAACAAGGACUCAUUCGUGUAUAUAAGCUAUUUCUUGAUCCAUUUAAAAGGAAUUGUACAUUGUGUAGAAAAAAAAAAAAAAAACUGAAAAAGAGAAAAAAAAGCCCUCGCCAUGGAUAUUGUGAAACUGUGUUACGUCGUUUUGUAAUGUGCCCGUUUGUGUAUGAUCCGUGUGCAAAAGGGUUUCUGGGGAAGGGGCGGGGGUAGGGAGGCAGGGCUGUGGAGGCCGGGGCGGGGGAGUGGGCCGGGCCCAGCACGCGGAGACUGGCAGCUGCCCCCACCCCAUCCCUCCCGAGAGACGCCACCCCCCCCACCACCCACCCCGAUUUGUGCCUUGCCCCCCCGCCCUGGAGUAGCCCCUCCGGGUCACCAGCACUGCCUUGGCAGAGCCCACCCCCGACCCUAAGCCGCCCGCCCCCCCCCCCCCCCCCCCCGCCCCCAGCAUUCGGCGGAUACUGCGGGGAGGUGCUGGGGGCUGGGGGGCAGCCGGGGAGCGGGGCAGCUCCCGGGGGCAUUGAAACCAAGUAUUCUUAUGAAUUGUAAUUGUAUUUGCACUGUUUUUUUCCUCUGACUGCAUCAGCAUAUAUACAAUAUACCUAUAUAACAAAAUUCAGUGUCAAGCUUUCUUAUGCAAGGGAUUUCCCCCACCCCACCUUGAGCGUAGAUGACCAGGGGUGAUAGGGUCUCAGCAAAGUCACCCCAAGAAAGCCUCAUGUAUCACGUGCGUCUACACGUGCUUUUAGGCUUCGUCAGGGGGGUGAGGCUGGGCCACUGAAAGCUGGGGUUCCCGGUCCGUGCUGUCGAGAGUGGAGAGCCACAGCACACAGGGUGGGGUGGCAGUGACCUGGGGUCCUGCCCCAGGCUUUCCCACUAACUUGCUAUGUGCCCUUCGGGAGGGUUCAUUUUCUGGGUCUCUGUUUUCUUGUCUGUGAAGCGACAGGGGAGAUCACCUGGCCACGAAGUGUAAGAUUCCGUUUCAUGCUUCUUUCCUCACCUGCAAGACCACAGCUGGAGGUGGGGAGAGUGGUGGGGCCGCAGAUGCAGGGAGGGCACCUAAGUGCUGCGGUGGCUGCGUGCGUGGCCCGGCCCGGCCCCGCCAUUACUUUGGUUUCGGGAAGGGCAGCAGAGUGAGGUCGAGGUGUCAGCAGAGCCGUGGCCGCUUUGCCCUCGGGCCCCUGGGGUGCUGGGGGCAGUGGUGCCCAGGCUUCUGGUCUGGCCGCCUGCAUUCUUGGUGAGCCGCACGGCCGCGUGGCGGAGCUCAGAUGUACCCACUUCUUCUCGUCUCCCUCCCUCGGACCUCAUCUGAGCCCUUGCAGGCGGCUCCCCACAGCCUGGUCCUGGGCUCCCACAUUCGAGGCCCCCCUUUCCCCCACCCCACCCCAGGAAGCCUGGAGAGGGUCUGGGACGGUGAGUGAGGCCUGAAGGUCGGGCAGCGUGGGGGUGGGGUGGGGGGCGGGGCUGGGGCGGGACCGGCCUCUCUGAAUGGGGGUUGGGGGCAGGACCCUUUUGCACAGGCUCUAAGUUUCCUUUUUUUUUUUUUUUUUUUAACCUCAUUCUGAUUUUCUGCAUUGUGUUUGGAAAUUAAAAUGAAAAAACUAAGACCAACAGAAACUGGUUUUCAAAAAGGCAAAUACACUCCCAUCCGUUUCAGAUGCUGCUGAGUGCUUCAGCAGCAACAGAUUCAAAUAAGCUAAUUUUUGGAGAAAGGAUUAAAAGAAAAAAAACUUUGUAAUAUUUAUCACUUGCAAGCUAUGUUUAAUAAAGAAAGGAAUGGUUUCUAAACUUU